CUCCAUUUCCUGCGCUACUCUCAAUCUCCACUCUUCUCUGACUCAUUUUCCAGCCUAAACCCCUCCAAACCCGCCGCCAUGGAUCCCGUCUCAGAAUGGGGAAACACUCCGCUCGCCGUGGUGGACCCGGAGAUCCACGACCUAAUCGAGAAGGAGAAGCGGCGCCAGUGCCGGGGGAUCGAGCUGAUCGCCUCGGAGAAUUUCACCUCCUUCGCCGUCAUCGAGGCCCUCGGCAGCGCCCUCACCAACAAGUACUCCGAGGGCAUGCCGGGGAACCGCUACUACGGCGGCAACGAGUACAUCGACGAAAUCGAGAACCUCACCCGCAGCCGCGCGCUCCAGGCCUACCGCCUGGACCCCACCAAGUGGGGCGUCAACGUGCAGCCCUACUCCGGCAGCCCCGCCAACUUCGCCGCCUACACGGCGGUGCUCAACCCGCAUGACCGGAUCAUGGGGCUGGAUUUGCCCUCCGGCGGGCAUUUGACUCACGGGUACUAUACUUCCGGCGGGAAGAAGAUCUCCGCUACCUCGAUUUACUUCGAGAGCUUGCCGUACAAGGUGAAUUCCGCCACCGGGUACAUCGAUUACGAUAGAUUGGAGGAGAAGGCCCUGGAUUUCAGGCCGAAGUUGAUCAUCUGUGGUGGCAGUGCUUACCCUAGAGAUUGGGACUACAAGAGAUUCAGAGAGAUUGCUGAUAAAUGUGGGGCGCUUUUGCUCUGCGAUAUGGCUCACAUUAGUGGCCUCGUUGCCGCUCAGGAAGCAGCUGAUCCUUUUGAGUACUGUGAUAUUGUCACCACCACAACUCACAAGAGCUUGAGGGGGCCUAGGGCUGGUAUGAUUUUUUACCGCAAGGGCCCCAAGCCACCGAAGAAGGGACAACCGGAGGGUGCAGUGUAUGACUUUGAAGACAAGAUCAACUUUGCGGUUUUCCCAUCUCUGCAAGGCGGUCCCCACAAUCACCAAAUUGGUGCUUUGGCUGUUGCCCUAAAGCAGGCCGCGUCUCCGGGCUUUAAGGCCUAUGCUAAGCAAGUCCGGGCCAAUGCAGUUGCGCUCGGCAACUACUUGAUGAACAAAGGGUACAAGCUCGUCACUGAUGGGACUGAGAACCACCUUGUUCUAUGGGACCUUCGUCCUCUUGGUUUGACUGGUAACAAGGUCGAGAAACUCUGUGACCUGUGCAACAUUACCGUGAACAAGAACGCUGUAUUUGGUGACAGUAGCGCUCUUGCCCCUGGAGGAGUUCGCAUUGGUGCUCCUGCCAUGACAUCAAGGGGUUUGGUCGAGAAGGACUUUGAGCAGAUUGCCGAGUUCCUCCACAGGGCUGUGACCCUCACCUUGAGCAUCCAAAAGGAGCACGGGAAAUUCUUGAAGGACUUCAACAAGGGUCUCGUUAACAACAAGGAAAUCGAGCAGCUCAAGGCCGAUGUUGAGAAGUUCUCGGCCUCCUUUGACAUGCCCGGCUUCAAAACAUCCGAAAUGAAGUACCAGGACUAGGCAACAUUUUCCUUAUGUAUGCAUCAUAUGCUCCAAUACGAAUUUGAGAAUUUCCCUUGUGUUAAUUCAAUUCAUGGCUUAUGCUGAAGAACAAUAAUGUUGUCUCUGUAUCAUUCUCUACUUGGUGUUUUAGGAUUUUAGUGUUUAAAUUGUCGCAUGAACUUGUAGGAGUUGCUCCAAAGUUGAUAAAACUUUGAAAUGAUUUCCAUGUCUCAAAUGAUUUUGUAAUUCAUACUAUUUUCUGUGUGUUUUACUAAUUCAAUCAAAUAUAUACAGUGAUUGGCAAAAAU